AUGGACGGUGAUGCGUCGCAGAGCCCUACAGAUAAUGAACUUACAGGAUGUGGAAUAUGUCAGGUACGCGUGAAAAAUAGUGAAUUAACAGCACAUAAUGAAUCACAAUGGCAUAAUAUUAAUUUAAAUAGAAAAUUUCUCAAAAUAAAACCAUUGACUAAAAGGGAAUUCGCUAUGCAAUUUGAAUAUUUGGAUCAAAAGCAACUGGUUUCAAAAAAGAAAGAAGUACUAGUUUGCAAUGGAUGUAACAAAAAGUUUUCUAGCCAUAACACCUAUAAUGAUCAUCUUCAAUCUAGGAAGCAUCAAAAAAAGAAAAACGAAUAUGUUCGAAACAAUGUUCCUAAAGAAAAGAAAAAAAAAUUAAUAAAUUUUGAGAAGUUGGACAAUUAUAAUGAUAACGAUAAUCCUGUAGAUAGAAAUCAAUGUCUAUUCUGUUCCCAUUUAAGUGACAAUUGCUAUAAAAAUUUAGAACACAUGACUUCAAUACAUUCUUUUUCCAUACCAGAUAUUGAAUAUUGUAUAGACAUCCCAGGAUUAUUGAGGAAGCUUGGAGUAAAAGUAUACAAACAUCACUUGUGUCUUUAUUGUCAACGAUUUUACUCAUCAUCUAAGGCUGUUAAAGCACAUAUGGAAGAUAAGGGCCAUUGUAUGAUGUUUUAUCAUAAUUUCAAUGAAGUAGCCCUCAAAGAAUACUCUAAUUUUUAUGACUAUCCUUCUUUAAUUCCAGACACACAAAGUGUUGUAAAGGAAGUUGAAUUGGUACCUGUAAAAAUAGUUGACGGCUCUGGAUUAAGUUUAGUUUUACCAUCUGGCAAAACAAUUAUUGAAAGAAAGAUGGUGAGAUUUUAUAAAAAAAACAAAAAAAACCGUUCAUCUGCUGUGGUUCCAUCAAUAAAUAAUGAAAGUUCGGCAACCUAUAGAGCAUUAGGUUGGUCACAAUCAGAUCAAGAGCAGGCUGCAAGAUCAAUACAAGCAAUAUCGGAAAUUCCCGCAAAACAACAUCAAACCCUACGAAGGUUUACCUCCCCCAAAAUAGAGAUUUCUGUUUUCCUUCUCCUAUUGAUGAGUUCAUCUUCACCAGAAACAAAUAAUGUUUCUGCAGAUAGCUCUUACAUUGCAGAUCUGAAGAUCAAGAGAGUCCAGUCCAAAUGGUAAACAAAACUAGGAGUGAAACAGAACAAGUUCUAAAAACACUUCAGACAACAAGUGAACUUUUGA